UCUUUCUUUCUCAUCUUGUAUAAUAUUCACGUUUUGUUAUUCUAAUAUUAAAAGGCUCUACACAAAUCCGAACAUAAGCCCUACCUCAAUUUAUCAGAAUAACUCAAUUACUUUUUGUUGCUCUUCGCAUACUCGUAUGACCUUUACGGCUCCUAAACCAACAAGACGAUCUAAAACACUCCAACACGGAGUGUAUUACUAACUUUCUUUUAUUAUUAUAACAUGUAUGACGUGAUAAUCAAGUCGAGCGAGUCUUAUUAUAUAAGUUUAUUUUGCCCAAGUUUCAACUAUGUGGAAGCUGUUUUAAAGUUGCUUUGACACCGGAACAAGACGAACGAACUUGGUCACUUUAGUUUUGCGUUGCGGAAGUGUCCUGUGGUGGCUUUUACCGAUAAAAAGUUUUAAUCUGGACUCUAAGGUCAGAGUAAGGUUUGUCCAGGGAUGAAGGUAGUGUUUGUGAUACAAAAUGUUCAAUAAUAUGCAUUGUUUGUAUGAACCUAAGUUCCAACGAAAUGAAACUGGCAAAGGAAGAUACACACUGCUGGAUACUAGCAAUGGCGUGAACGUGGAAGGUUCCACACACAGACAAGUGGUGGACCUCAUCAAGUCUGGAGGCGACUGUCUCACUCUCACCGUCAUCUCUGUCACACAGAGAGAAGCAGAACGCCUAGAGCCAUGCGACGACGGUUCAGCGCCUGUGGGCGUCAUCGGCGGCGCUGCCAAUUCCCGCGCCACCGUGUACCAACGUUACGACUACACCGACAAACGUUCCCUCCCUGUAUCCAUCCCGGACUAUCGUAUAGUGAUGGAGAGGAAUACAGGGAGGUCUUACGUCGCCUUCAACGUGCAUAUGGCCGGCAGACACCUAUGUAGCAGACGGUACAGAGAAUUCGCGGCGUUACAUCAUACUCUUAGAAAGGAAUUUUUAGGUUUCAACUUCCCUAAACUACCUGGCAAAUGGCCGUUCACGUUAAGUGAGCAACAGUUGGAUGGCAGGAGGAGAGGGCUUGAACAGUAUUUGGAAAAGGUAUGCGCAGUCAGGGUGAUAGCAGAGUCAGAUGCUGUCCAAGAAUUCCUAACAGAUUCUGACGACUCCUCAAAUCCCACCCCAGUAGACCUGAAAGUUCUCCUUCCUGACAAGGAAGUGGUAACAGUCAGUGUACUCAAGUCUACGAACGCUGAUGAUGUGUACAGAGCGGUUUGCGAGAAGAUUGGCCUAUCGAAGUCGGUGCAGAAAUACUUCUAUUUGUUCGAGAUUGUUGAGUAUAAUUUUGAACGUAAACUCCAACCGAACGAGUGUCCUCACUCGCUAUACAUACAGAACUACUCGACGGCGUCCAGCAGUUGUCUCUCAAUACGCAAGUGGCUGUUUAACCCUCGCACUGAAAUAUCCGUCGUCGCUGAGGAUUCUACUGCCGCCGCGUUUAUAUUCUGGCAGGCUGUAGAAGACGUAAACCGCGGCGUAUGCGUGGCCGGCGCUCGACUGUACCAGCUGAAGGCGCUACAAGACGUGAGACGUGCGGCAGACUACCUGUCCCUAGCGCGCAGCCUGCCGGGGUACGGGCACGUGUCGUUCCCGGCGGCGCGCGCCGAGCGCUCGGAGUGCCGCGCGGCCACGGCGCUGUGCGUGCUGCUGGGCUGGCCGGGGCUGGCGCUGCAGGCGCCCGACCCCGAGCCCGCGCGCCCCGCCGCGCCGCCCGCUGAGAUCCCCUGGAGGAACGUCAGGGACUGGCGCGCUGACGAUGAAGCCGCCGCCGCUCGCAUCACUUACACGAGAAAUGAUAACCACACACGUACCCUCACACUCUAUACGCCAUAUUAUCAAUUCUUAUGCAACUGCAUGGACAGAAUAGCCGAAGAAGCAAACUGGGUAGACACUGGGGAAUAAAUAUCGUCACAACGCCCAAACACAACAUAAGAUGUAAGCUACGGAAACGGUAUUAUGCCACUUCAACGUCACAAUCUUUGGUAGAAAAAGUAUUUAUCGCCUGGCAACAUUAACACAAAAGUAUUGCCAGCUAGCUCAUACAAUUUCUACCAAACUUUUGACGCGAGAGUAUUAGUUCGUUAUUCUUAAUAUAAAAAUAAUAUUAAAAACUAAUUAUUUAUCUUAAACCUUUUCAAUACAUACCUUCUAGAUGUAAUUAUCCUAGCAAUAUUAGUUUUUAUGCAAAAUAUCACAAAAAUUGAGUCGAAUUUGUUCCUUAAUAUAGAUAUUGUGAGAUUGGCUUGCCAAUCUUAGGUAAAGACAAAAUUCUACUGUUUAGUCAAAGUGAUUUAUAAAAUUUAUUUAAAAUUAUACUCAAGUUUUCGUGUCAUUUUGUGUGAAAACUUGAUCCAUACUGAUUUAUUGGGAAAUUCUUCCCGGACGCAAUAUCAAAAUGUAAACUGUAGAUGAGUAUAAUAUACUAUUUAACUUUUAAGCCGUGCUUAUAAAGAAUUAUAUGUAGUUUAAUUAUAAUUAUCUAGUUUGCGAUUUGAAGGAAUAUUGGGAGAUUUUGAAUUAAAAUUUUGUUUUAAACUUAAAUCUUUUAUUUGUUUAAACUUAAAAUGCUACUGAUAUUCAGUGGUGUUGCAAGAAAAGUCUUCGAAAACUACCAAAAUUAAGGUAAUUAUGAUUUUUUAAUUCACUUAUUUUUGUUUAUUCUCCCAAUGUUUUGUAGACAAUCGCCACAGGUCUCUCUGCCUAGGUUUUAUGUACUUACAAUAAUAUAAUACGAUUUUAUUUAGAUCUGCUUCAUUCUAUACGCGAAACCAUUUUAGUUCAUAUCUUAAUCUAUCAUUAUAUGCGUAGAAAUCAUUAAAAUUAUAUUCUAUAUAGACUAAAUAUUUUUAUUAAAACAAAUCCAUCGAUCGAUAUGUUCGAAAAUAGUUUAAUAUAUCUAGGGAAAUCUUUUUUUUUAUAAUAUACGCAUCAUAAUAGCAGCUGAAAGCGCAGUUUUAUUUGUAAGACAAUUUUAUUUAGUUGUAUUUUUAAUAUAUUCGUGUAGUGAUCGUAGUGAUGUGAAUCAUUAACGCAUUUACCGUGAUAAUGUAAAAUAUAUUACAAAUUAACUUUAAAUAAAUAAUCUUCAUUGUGUAGGUAAUUGUGUUUGUAAAAUAUAUUUAAUAACAUUAAUGAAAAAUUAAUAUUCAAUACAAGAAUAUCGCUCAAUCAAUCGUCUGUUGUUAGUCUAGAUCACUAGAUGGCGUUGUACUCAAAAGCGAAGUCCCGAAUUGAAUGUUGUAGUUUUCUAUGAAUUAAAUAUGUUCUACAAACAUACACUUAAGAAUAUCAUUGUUAAGGAUAAAGUAAAAUCAAUUAUUAUAUAUUAUUAAUAGUUCGUGAGGUGUAUGUGUUAGGUAUUCGAGUAACCGCCUUUAUACUAUUAUCAUUUUUAGAGUUUAUUUGUGGCUGUUUAAGUGAUACAGAUAAUUUUACACAUGUAUAAAAAUGGCCUCUACGUAAUUUAAAAAGUCUUCAAACGUUAUCCUCUCCCUUUUACAGUUUUGGUGUAAUUUUGAAAUCAUUCAUUUCUAGUUUUUUGUUCCCACACUGUCUUGUGCUUACAGUUUCAAAGUUGUAUUAUAAUGGUCAGAGCGAAUAGGCAUAUGGUAUUGAAUAUAAUAUUCUUUACUAGCUUCUGCCAGCGGCUUCGCUCGCGUUCCCGUGGCAUAAAAAGUAUAGUAUCGCCCAAGUCAGCUCAUACCCUAUCUGUUUAAUUUCAUCAAAAUCCGUUCCGUAGUUUCAGCGUGAUUGACGGACAAACAUCUAAACAAAUAAACUUCCAUAUUUAUAAUAUUAGUGUGAUCUACAUUUCUUACUAAUAAGUUAUAUUCCAUAAUGAAAUUAUAUUUACAGCAAUAUGUCACAAAUCCUGUUUAUUUUUACAUACACGAUCAGUAUUAUUGAAUAUUCAAUCUAAAUGUCUAUUUAAACUCAACUUUGGAACUACUCUACAAGAUAGUGCUGGGAUGUAACGUUUUUUACUUUUAUCGAUAUUUUGGUCUUAAGAGCUUAAAAGCCGUUGGUUUCAAGUCUAACCCUGUUGAUGUAUGUUGCUGUUGAAAGCUGUUUUAUAAUAGUUUAAGCCUUUCUUACAUAUCUAUUAUUAUACCUUUAUCUUAUAUUAUAUUUAUAGAUUUUAUAUAAACGUUUUAUAUCAUUAUUGAUUGAACAUUGUAAUGUUUCUUGAAUGGUUAAAAAAAAGUGGAAAUAUUUAACCCGGAUUUAUUAUCGCGUUUGUUUAUUGGAAGCUGGACAUUUUUGAAGGAGUUUCGUCUGUCAAUUUUCUUUUUUUGAAGUCCAUACGAAUUAUGAGAUAUUAUAAUGGUGCCAUAGAAACGGUGCAAGGAGAAACAAUCUCUAUUUGUUAUGGGAAUAAAAUACGUUUUCUAAUGUUCGAUGAAAUGGAUAGACGUGUCGAUUGUAUUGCAGUAAGAAGGGAGAAAUGUAAUAUUUAUUGAAUAAUUAAAUGUCGAUAUCGUCUAUUUAAUUCAUUGGGACAACACUCGGUUACACUUCGCUGGUUUAAAGAAACUUAUAACAUAGGGGUUAUGUCAAGCCAGGGAUUUGGAAUCGCCCAAAAGUUUAUCGCUAAGGAAGGACUAGGUUCGAUCGUCAGAUCGGAAUUUAAUAUUUUCGAUUUUAAUUCACGUCACACACAGAGUCUAGAAUUGUUUGGCAGUUAGUUUAGCCCUAUACCCUUGGUAUGAGUUUGCUUUACGUUUAAAGUAAUCGAAACGAGAGCGCGUAGGGUGCUCUGAUUGGUCGGCGCAAAUGAGCCAACCAAUCACAGCGCCGAUCGCGCUCUUGUUUUGUUUUCGUUUAACGUAAAGCAAAGUUGUUUACAAUGAGACUAGAUUACGAAUUAUAAGUGUCUCUACUUACACCUUCAGCCAAUUACGAGAAGUUGUCUAUCUCUAGAAUAAUAACAAUGUCUCAAAAUGUUCUCCUCUAUGAACGAAUUUAAUCAAAUUCUCUACGAAAACGAAGCACUUUAAAAAUGUUAAACAAAUGCAUGAUAUCGUCUUAAUGUUGCUAUAUUAUAAAAAUGUAUUGUUCUAUGUAAUUGUAAUACUUUGUGCUGUGUUACUCACUGUUUACACCUAAAUAAUUGUAGAAAAAUCUUAUUACAUACACUGGCGUGCAAUAUAUUUAACGCAUUUGUUACAGGAGUUAUAUGAAUUGUAACACAACAUGAUUGUUAAUAAACUGUUAGUUUACUCGUGUAAAUGUAUUGAGGAACGCUCUACUAGUUUCGAGUUAAAGAGGGACUUUUUAUGUCGAUAUUCAAUGAAAGGAUUUGGAUUGCUCGGUGGUAAAAAUACUGCCAGUAGAUUUUCGCUUAUUUGGAAGUCGCGGGUCCGAUUUCAUAUUAUGUAACACUAAAAAGUAAUGCCCUUUUGAGCUGGAUGAAAUGUGCGUUCUUUAUCGUGCACGCCAGUGUAAUUUAGUAGUGAUAGUAGAUGUUUAACUUCUCAUGACAAAUUGGUUACUAUUGACAAGUACUUAUUUAACACUUGAGACGGGUUUCGUGUGAACCGUGAUGUAGGAUAAAAGUUACAUCGUAAUGAACUUCAUUGGAUACCCUUAUAUACCUAGAACUCUGUUUAUCGUGUCGUUUUGACUGCCAAACGAAAGGUCCUGAUUUUCGAAAUCUGAGUGGAAUCUGUACCAGUGUCCAUUAUCUGGUAAUAGGAUCAAAUUGAUCUUUUAAGACUUAAGAACUUUUGUAGUUGGCAAGUAUUUUUUUUGGGACUUAGCCGUUAAACGAGCAGGCGGGUCACCUGAUGGUAAACUUGGAGGAAUUAAAGGGUUGUUGGGGAAUCGGGGAUUGGGAACGGGGGUAAUUGGGCCUCCGGUAACCUCACACACACAAAGAAACACAACGCAAGCAUUGUUUCACGUCGGUUUUCUGUGAGGACGUGGUAUCACUUAGGUCGAGCCGGCCCAUAAGGCCCGGUCAUGUAACUUUUAUCUUACAUCAAACUGUAGAAAUAUGAAUAUGAAAUGCAAUAAUUGCUUUAAAUUACGUUGGCCCUGUGUAUGUAGAUGUAGAAGUAUAUUGGUUCGUAAGUGUUAGAUAAAAUCAAAUAAUUGUAUAUUUUACGUUAUAAAAAGCAAAGUUGUUGUCUUGAAAAGGUGCCAUUGCACACACGACUGAGAAAAGUUAUAUAGUCUGUGUAUUUGUUUAAAAAAAAACUUAAGUUGCUUUAUCGCGAGGCUCUAUGGUUUUUGCUGUUUGCAUAUUUUAAUGAAGCGAAGCGAUAUAUCAUAUGAAAUAUGCUAUCUCGCGUAUGUUUACGUUGAACUAAGUAACUACAAAUUUAAUUAUUAUCCAUAAUUAUAAUUUAAUAAUAAUUAUAUAUUUUUUGUAUAAUUUAGUUUACUUCUUUUAGUUAAUGUAUGUCGUGGUCUGAUAUGUUAUUAAAAGUCAAUGUUUAAAUUUUUUUAGUAAAUUUUUGUGACUAAUCGAAGUACUAUCCAGUUUUUAAACGAUUUAGAGGUCAUAAAUGAAUUAGAUAUUUAUUGGGAUACUAAAUUAACCUCUUUUUAUGCACUCCAGUGUAUGGUAUGGAUAGUGGUAUUAUAGUGUAAGAAUAAAUUCUCAUUUCUGUAAUGUUAUUACAUCUGCGCUUACAAAUGUUGGUGGCCAACGUUGGGUCAAAAUGUUGGUGUGAUUGGUCCAAUAUUUGUGGGCGUGGUUAUAUUGUAUGAUACAUUCCAAUCAUAGCAUAGUUUCACUUCACAUCGCUGUGUCAGAUACUUAGUGGUUGUUGGGCGACUUUUUAGUAAAUUGUGUGAUAUGAAAUGUUCCUCAAAAUAAGUAUAGACGCAUCAUAAAACUACCCGAUUCGUUCUGUAAUAGAUUUUAGACUUUAUUACAAAGGGAUACAGUUGAAAGUUAAUUGAAGACAUUCGACAGUAUAGAAAACAUCUUAUGGUCUAUUUUUUGGAUUAAGACCUGCUCAUAUGAAUGUACCAAUACUUUAUUGAUAAAUUAUAUCAGUAAGUAGAAAUAGGAAAGUAGGAUUUCUUAUUCUAUUAUUCAAGUUGUUCCCUAGAAUUUGUUUGUCUUCCAUAGUUCUCGUUACUGCCCAAAUCACAUGUAAAAAGUCGUCCAACUUGAAUUUAAUUAAUUAUAUGUAAUUAUGUAUGUUGUCCACAGUGUUUGUGUGAUACAAUCAGUAUGUAUAGAUUUCGCUUAAAUAAAUAAAAUUGUAUUCAA